UCCUAGUAUCGCAACUCAUCAGUCAGCUGCCCGCCAUUAUAGAAGGAAGGCAAAGUGAAGAUAAAUUUUGAUAUAUUUUUUCACAAAAAGAUGAUAGAAAUAUACUUAAAGUUCCAAUCACAAAAAUUGUUAAAAUUCUAAAGGAUUAUAUAGGAGGUUAAAGCAUUCCUUGAUGAUCUAUAUGAUGAAUGAGCUUUCUCUGCAGAGUCAGAGUCUGAAAGUAUGAGGCUAAGCCAAGAAGGGGAGGAGGAAGAAAAUGAUGAAUUCUACUCUCUUGAAGACUCUCUCAAAUAAGCAAGAACAGCCUACCAAGUCUGGUUCUAAAGUAAAACGAAAGGAGAAAAAGAAAUGAGCUAUUUUGUUGCAGAAAACAAUAGCUCCUAAUAAAAUAAUGAAUGUUCACCAAUUUAAGAUGCCAAAGACUACUAAGACUCUGAAGAUGGGUGAAUUUGGAAAGAAUAUGCUACACCAUUCAGAGUCUAUUAGCCACAAAGUAUCUUCAGAAAAUGAGUUUGAAUGAAUAGAUGAAAAAGAAGAAAUCACUCCUUCUGAUAAGAAGAAAAGAGCAAAAAGCUCUAGUGGAGCCAUUGAUCACCAAAGAGGAGGUGGUGAUGCGAAGGGAUUUUUGUAUUCAUUUAAUCCUAAAGUCAACCCACAGAUGAUCACUGCGCUUGUGCCAUACAAGAAUAAGAAAGUAGAGUAUUUACAACAGAUGCUACCUCAAAGCCCUGGACUGGAGAUAGCUGAAGAGAUUACAUAUAAAUCACAGUAUAAACAAGUCCAGAAAAUAAUUAACCACGGAGGAUAUGACUUCGACAACCCUAGACCUAUUGACUUAGAAAGUAUCUCUAAGCUGAAACCUCAAAGUAGCUAUUUCGGGACAAGAACUAGUAUGAAUAGAAAUGACCAAGAUAUUUCUAAUUGUCAUCCACUCGAGAUAGGAUACAACAUAGAGAACUACUUACUUUAUAAAAACCUAAGCAAAGGAAAGAAAUUUAUGGGAAUGAGCCUGAACCCGGUUCAACAAUAUUCUUCUAGAAAAUUAUCACCUGUAUAUUCAGAAAGGAAGAAACAAAGCCGGAUAGACAAGAUUAUGGAGAUUAGUAAUCAGCCGGUCCACGAUCGGCUAUAUCAAGAAUCUACUUACAGUAGUGCAGCUGGGCAUCUUCCUGCUUCUCUUCGGCCAAAUCUGAUGUCUAUAAAGAAGAACAGGACUGCUCUGAGCCUUAAAAGGAAAGAGAAGGAGAAAGCCUUUAUUGAGGAAGAAGAGUUCAAGAAAGAAGCUGAAGAAUUUGUGAAUAAACUUAACAAAGAAAAAGAAAAGCGUGAAAAGCGGAAGCACAAAAUUAUUCGUCUGAGAGAUAAGAAACAUCACAAAGAAUUGAAGGAAAUUAUUCGUCAAAGAGAAAGACAAGAGCAGGAGAAACAAAAGCAGCGGUUUGAGAAGCGUCAGCAGAUUAUUGCAAGGGUCACUAAAUUGAAGGAAGAGAGGAAGAAAGCAAAAACCAAGAUGAGGGAUUGGAGCCAUAAACCUUCAAGAAUCCCAUUAUAUUUACAGAAGGAAAUGCAAUUCCAGAAACAAAAAGAGGAAGAAGAGAAUAGAAAAAGAAUAACUGAACUAAAUAACCGUAAAGAUAUUUAUAAAAGGAUUUCAAUUUCUGAAAUCCGAAGGCACGCAAGGAUGCAUGAUGACACUGUUGAGAGUAAUGUCACAGUCCUCCGUAACAGAAGAAUGCAGGGAGGGAAAUCUACAUUCUCAAUUCCUCAGAAAAGAGAGAGUACUUCUAGUUUAAGUUCCAAAUUUCUCAAGAGUGCCAUUGAGGAAGAAAGAGAGCAUAAAGCUUUGAUGAAAUUUAAAGAGGAAGAAGCUAAAGAGAAGCGAGAAAAGGCGAACCGAUUCUCUUAAAAAUAGUACAGGAAAUAUACUGGUCAAAGGAGAAGAAGAAAGCUGUGAAGAAGGUUAGGAAAGAACUUGAAUCAAGGAAACGGAAGCUUAAGCUAACACCAAAGUUUGAAGAGAAGCCAAAACAUGAGAACUAUAUUCAUUGUAUUCCUAAAACCAGUUCUAAUAAAAAAUCAAGAAUUAGAUCAAAAAUGAAAGCAAGUAACCUGGAAGGAAAUUUGAAUUCUCUUAGUCAAUCAGCUUCUAAUUCGAAGCCUCCUUUAUACGACUACUUAAAAGAAAGCAGGAUGAAGAGACAAGAAAUGGCCAGGAGUAAUCUUAACAGAGAUCAUACAAAAUCUAGUCCUAACCUUAGUAACAAAAGCUCUAAGUUCGACCCUCAAGUGCAUAAUUGGAAGGCCUAUCUGCAAAAUAAGAAGUUAUCCAAGGAAGAGAAGAUGGACCUGAUCCAGGAGAAUGUAAAGGUUCUUGAAGAGAAAGCUCUGCGACAAGAGAGGCUUAUCAAUUCAGUUGGCGGUCCCGCUGACCAAUUCAAAUAUGAGUAUAAAAAUAAUGAAGUUAAUGAUAUGUUGAUUGACGCUAUCCAGGCCAAACUGGCAAUGCUAGAUCAAAUGAAAUAAUUUAAUCACAAUUUUCUAUUCC